UCUGUGCCGUUAGUUCCUCUGACUUCACCGUUUCCUUCUAUCUCUCUCUUUUUCAUUCUUUCUCUGACGAACGAACGAACAGGAAGAAGAAGAAGAAAAUAAUUUUAUGUGCUUAUUGUCUAUCUGGGUCUUUAUCAGUUGCGGGUAGAGUUGGCAGUAGAGAAGAGAGGUCUUUCAGUUAGUUCCUAUCCUUAGAGCUUCCCAAUAUUCGCGCCUCCUUUUUUCCCGCCCUAAUCUUGUCCACCAAUUCAGCUCAAACCCUCAAUCCGACAGUGAGGGACAACGAGAGCUAUGAUGUUGAAUAUAUUUUUCUUACAAAGUUUUUGAUAAGAAUACUUGGUCAUUAGGGUUUUGUUUUAUUUUGUUUUCCUUCCCCCUCUCUCUCUCCUUAUAUAACCCUACUCAUUCUCCUUUCUUCUUCUCGGCUUUUCCUUCCUUUCUAUUCUCUUUCUGGGGAUCUGAUCCGACAACUCGACAGAAAACAGUUUGUGUGGGAUGACAAAAAGCAAUCGGCUUCAAUUCCCGAGGAUAUUUCCAUAUAAUUACUUUACUUUUUUUCUUCCUCUUUUGAUAUAGGACUUCCAGUACUGUACCAGGAGUGAAAUUGAGCUGCACCCAGUCGACCGUAUCAUUCAAUUUGCAGAGUACAAGGUUUUUAGUUCUUCGAUUCGAGGAAGACUCAAUCAACCCAGAUCUGUGGGUUCCAAGGUCUAGAGAUCUUGUAUUUGCUUCAUCUAUGAAUAAUUUGUUUUUGAGGCAUCUGUCACUGAGGUUUUGAGAAUAUGUGGAGGUCGCAUAUUCAUGCGGAUCUAGCAUCUCAAGGAAUAGUUUUCUGCUACUAUAAAUGCAUAGUCUACAAAGAAAAAUGCACUUGCCAUCCAUGAAAGCUUUCAUAAUCUCGAAUUUUGAUAGCAUAUUAAUUGCAAUCAAUGGUUUCCUUAAUUGUAUUUUCCACUUUAAAUCUAUGACCUAUAUUGCUUAAUGUUCCCCGGUUCAUAAUUAAAAAGGUUAUUUCAUAAUUUUUCAUCCUAAAAGUGAUAUUGCAUCAUAGUUCCUGCAUGUGAGAUGUCCCUACGAAUUAUAAAUAAUCACAUCAUAUAGCUAGGUAAGUUUUCCCAUGCUAUAGGAGAACUCAUAUUCAACAUGUAUGAUCCCACUUCUUCUUCUAUAUGACAGCAGGAGACUUUUGAUUCGUGUUUGCAUAACCAGAACCUUGCUAUAUAAUCUUAAUGAUGAAAGAGAUGAGAAGCUGUUGGAUGUUGUACUCAAAAGAAUCUCAAUAAAAGCAAAUUAUUUCAACCAACUUGAAUAUUUCAUCAUUAAAUUCUUCCUUCUUCAUUCUAGCACAUUUGUUUUCUUCCUCCAAUUUAGGUCCAUGGUCAACAGUACAAUCCAUGUGUUGUUAGUUGCAUUCAACCUAAAGUAUUUCAUUUGCUCUGGAAAUUCUUUCUUCUUUAAUUCAUAACAAGCAUAAGAACUGCUUCAAUAUUCUCGUACUAGUUCAGUUAGAUAUAUAAAUUUGUUAGCAAUCAGAGAAAAAUUAAUCUGACAAGUUAAGCAAACAAGUUCUAGUUAAUAAGCUAUAUAUAUUUACAUACAUUUUGGAUAUCUACUAAAUAGAUGAUUGCUUUAGUAUAAGAAAGGAUGUUCAAAGUGAAGUAUGGCUGAUUGCAUUUGUAUAUAUAUAGUCGAGAAUGACGAUUUCUCAUCAUGCAUACUAGAUUGAUACGUGAAACUACUAGGAUCACAAAUUCUUAACGGAGUAUCUGAAUGGAAUACAGGACUCGAGACUCAGCAGCAGGAGAACAUGAACACUUUUUCACAUGUUCCUCCUGGUUUCCGGUUCCAUCCCACCGAUGAAGAACUAGUUGAUUACUACCUUAGGAAAAAAGUUAAUUCAAGAAGGAUUGACCUAGAUGUCAUUAAAGAUGUCGACCUCUAUAAAAUCGAGCCAUGGGACCUUCAAGAAAUAUGCCGAAUAGGGACAGAAGAUCAAAAUGAAUGGUACUUUUUUAGCCAUAAAGACAAGAAGUAUCCAACUGGGACUCGCACAAAUAGAGCCACUGCUGCAGGAUUUUGGAAAGCAACAGGUAGAGAUAAAGCAAUCUAUUCCAAGCAUGACUUGAUUGGUAUGAGGAAGACCUUAGUCUUUUACAAGGGCCGUGCUCCAAACGGACAGAAAUCAGACUGGAUUAUGCACGAGUAUCGCCUUGAAACUGAAGAAAAUGGAACUCAUCAGGAAGAAGGUUGGGUUGUUUGCAGGGUGUUCAAGAAAAGAAUAACAACUGUGAGGAAAAUGAGCGAGCAUGAAUCAAGCAGUUGGUAUGAGGAUCAAGUUUCUUUCAUGCAUGAGGAGGACUCGCCUCCAAAUCAAAACUCACAGCCUGAUUUGGGCUAUCACCUCGCUUACCCGUGCAAGAAAGAGUUGGAUAUGCAGUAUCAUAAUCAGGUUUCCAGCAGCCAUGAUCACUUCCUCGAGCUUCCCCUUCUACAAAGCCCUAAACUUUUGAAAGCUGUCACUGUCUAUGGACUAGACAUAAACCAGGCAAGCACUCUGCAAUCCUCGUCUUUUUCACCAGAAGAGCAAAGACGUGAACAAAGCUUGCAUCUUCUCUAUGGUCACCAAAAUAAUAAUAGGCAACCAGUUGAUCCAGUGACUGAUUGGAGAGUUCUAGACAAGUUUGUUGCUUCUCAACUAAGCCAAGACGACCUGCCCAAGGAAAAUAAUAGCUACUCAAAUGCAACCAACAAUAUCUUCCACUCAUCAGAUCAGGCAAAUAUGGUUGCUAAGCACUUGAGCAAGCAAGAAACCGCGCCAGAAAAUGCUUCCACGUCCACCCCCGGUAGUCAAAUUGAGAUAUGGAAAUGAUGCACAUCCUGUUAUAAGACUAUGCAACAGUAUAUACACUGAUCGUAGAAUGAUGAGAGGUAAUUAAAGGGAAAAUUAUGAUAUAAGUUCCUGUACAUAAUAAAAAUUAAAAACGCUGUAACUUAAUUUGACUGUUGUUUUCCUAGUGUUAAGUUAAUUAAUACCCACCAAAUAUUAGCUAGUGAUCAGUCGUAAAAUUCAUGUUCCUUAUAAGAUGAAGUUCCAUUAGAGUGGACUGUGAAAUUAAUGAAGUCGCAGCAUUCAUGUUUGUAUUUAAAGGCAUUUUAAUUAAUGUAGCCAGUGGUCUAGCAGCCACAUGUGCUGUUUAUGGAAUUAAUCAACCCGCGGGUCGAUUAAAGAGACAUGUCUGUAUUCUCAACUUUAUGAAACAAUAUUAGAAUAAAAGCCUUCUGUUCUUUUUCCUC